AUGGAGCCUGAGCUGGCUGAAGCUGCUGGCACAGCCCAGCUUCCACAUCUGCCAGCCCAGGGUCAGCAGCCCCGGCGCCCCUCAACCCUGCACAUGGUCACUGAGGCGCUGCAGGCCCAGGAUGAGAGGAAGGGUGCCUCCAUUGUUGCCAUCAAGCGGUUCAUCCUGGCCAAGUACCCCACUGUGGACCCUGGCCACCUCGGGGACCUGCUGAAGCAGGCACUGAGCAAGGGGCUGAGCUGUGGGGACCUGGUGCGGCCCCACAACUCCUCUGCCAUGGGGGCCACUGGCCUGGGGCUGGGGGCUGAGGUGCCACCUCCACUGGCCCCACUUCCACCCCUCCUUCACCCCCAGCUGGCCCCUGAGAAGCUGCGGCAGAAGCAGACAAUGGACCAGGUGGAUCCCAUCAGAGGACAGGUGCCGAAGGUGGGACGGAAGGGGACCCCCGGCAUGCACAGCAGUGAGGCGCCGUGGGGGGUAGCCUGGCCACAGCGAAGCAGAAGCCAAGGACAAAGCCCGUGGACGUGAGUAGCAGGGCUGCAUGGCGUGGCUGGGUGGCUCGGGCAUGGCAGGAGCCUGAGGUGCUCUCUCCCCUCCAGGCCCCACCAGGAGCGAUGGAGCAAAGCCCCCAGGAGCUGCCUGCCAGCCCCAGGCCCCCA